AUGAAUAACCAACAACAAACAACUGUUGUUACAUCGACCAUUGGGCUUACGUACACUUUAACCUCUUCGAAUAAAAUUUCCGAUACGUUAAAUGAAUCACAAGGGAACAACGAUUAUAACGAAAGUAAUGAAAGUAAUUGGACAUUGACAUACAGCAAAAGAGAAGAAAUAUUUGCUAAUAAAACACACGAAUAUCCCAAAGACGACAAUCUGAAUGUAAUAUUUGUCUCAAAUAAUAGCAAAAGUUCCAUUAUCAACACAAUAGAACCAUUGAAUGUUUGUGAAACUAUCCUGACUAACCAAUCUGAAUCGAAACAAAAUGAAUUAAAUCCGGAAGUAAACAAUUUCAAUGUAAUCGGAGAUAACACUUUACAACUUCUUCAGUCGCCAAGUCCCAUUAUAGAAGAAAUAAAUCGUGGUGUUAGUCCAGAAGUCACAGACACAAUAAAUAAAAAUGGCCUUGAAGAUACUUUAGGAGCUGAACUUGAUCAAAUUAUUGAAUUUGAAAAUCAACAAGAACUUGUUUGUAACGUUGAGGCAUCAGAUGGUAGAGCCUUAGCUGCUAACGAUUUUGGGAUCCGAAAUAGACCACGAUUUCUACCUAAGGGAAUGUCACCUAUAUUCGAUACUCAUUGUGUGAAAAAUAAAAAUGAUAUGCAGUUGGAAAGUGGUUAUUUUGCUGAUGACCUGUAUAACAAUUUCAAAGAUGAGAUUCAAACCCACACUGAAGUUUAUGAAGUCCAAGUACAAGAUUCUAAAGAUCUCGCCUCAAAGAACAUUAUGAAAGUUAACAGCCGAUUGGAAAAAGAAAACUCUUCGCUGACUUUUAGUGCGGAGUCGUUGAAGAAUGCAAAAGUCUUAGGUCAAAUAGACAACAAGUUUAUAGCAAGCAUCAUGAAAGGUAAGACGGACCAAUCAGAAUUCCUAGUGUUGUUCGACCAACAUGCCGUACACGAAAGAAUUCGACUUGAGGAAAAUUUGGCAGGUUGA